AUGAACAGUGAGGAACCGUUGUUCACGUCCUUCUCCCCACCUGUUAACAGUAACUCUUCUACAGCAAAGACGUCGUCCACUACGCCUCAUCACCUGAGAUCUCAGACGAGCUUAACUACCGUUGUAAAAGCUCAAAUUUCCUUUCUAUUGUCAAUCCUUUCGACUGACAAUUACGAGAAAAACGUGGCUGAAAUUAAUUCGCAUUUAAUCAAACACGGUCUAGAUACAUAUUUUCAUUUAUUACGACGACUUCUGAUUGAUAACCAGUCUAGAAUUUGUAACAUUGGAACCCGUAGUUCAGAAUUGCUCAAUCAUUCCUUGAGCUAUCGUCUUUUAAUUGAAAAGGUUAUAGAAGCUGCAAGCGAUCCUGCUAUCUCUGCUGUUUUCUGUAAAGCUUUGAAUUCCAUAGAUCACAGUGAUUCUUUUAAAGAUCUUGAACUAAAUAGUUUUUUGGAACGCGUUGGAAUUAAUCCGGUCGAAAAGGUUGGACUUUGCAUUUCAUUGUUAUCAGCAAAUAGAAAGGAAAUUGUAGAGCAAGCGCGCGAGAUCAUUAGACAAAAUUUUGAUCCGCUUGUUAAGGCUUUGGGAGAUCAGUCAAUUCAGGCUCAUUUAUCAGAGAAGCUACUUCAUCAUUUAAUUGCUUAUUACAAAUCUUACGAGGCUGAAAGUAGAAGCAUUUCAUCCGCACAAAUUGAUACAACUUCAAAUACUUCGGCUGUCUUCAAACCUGUACCCCUUGCUCUUCUUCUUAAUUCAAAUCAGACUGUCCCUACAGCCGAUUUUUCUAAUACUAAAAUGGGAGAAACAAGUGAUCAAUCAUUGUCCAAAAUUAUGCGUGACGUGGGUUAUAAUUGUUGUAGUUCUGCUUCCGCAUUUAGAAAUAUCUUGAAUCAAUUGGGAGUAACGUCUGCCGAGUCUGGUGAGAUUAUCAGAGACGAAGAUGUUGCCCAAGCUAUUGGUAUGAUGGCAAUAACACAUACCAAUCUUGAGGAUGGUGGCGCAUGGAGCCUGGGAGUUGAUUCUCAAGAACGUAAGCAGACGUGGGACAUUGAAAUUUUCGCUUCAACCUUGGUGGAACUGCAACCUCAUUUAGACUGGGUUAAGAUAAUAGAAAAUUUAGAUUACCCAGAUUUUAAUAUUCAUGAUACAAAAGGUUUGGAAAUAAUAUUAUCAAGUUUUAGGAAAGCAGUCAAGGAUCGACAGCAAUUCCCGCUACUUGUGUUUUGGAGACAUUGGAAUAAUCUCAACGGACAAUUUAGCUUCUUACGUCGUAUAGUGCAGGCACCACCUGAAAUUUUUAACAUUAAUGAUUACCCUGUUCAAAAAGUUUUGUCUAUGGAAGAUUUCGCUACGUCAAAUGCAAAUCUCAAAUCAAUGUCUGGAAUGCUCACGGCGAAUCCGUGGAAUUCGGUCGAGUUGAUAGAGACUAUGAUAAAAAUGGCUGAUAGUAACUUUUUUGAGGAGGUUAGACAGUUGUUUGAAAGAGCGGCUAAGCAAACUCCCGAAGUCAUGUGUUUAGGACUUGCUCAAGUACAAAAACCUUGGAACCCACUACAUCAAGAAAUUGUGAACAGAUUGAUUUCAAUGUUUUUGGCCGGUCAUUCAAGUUCAACGCCUGUUCUUACGCGAUUAUGGCAAGUUAACAGUGGUCUUUUCAUCGAAGGUUGCCUUGAAAUGUAUAAAAAAGAUGCCAUGACCAUAUCAAGGAUAUUAGACAUUGCACAAGAUUUGAAGCAGAUUUUGAGUCCGCUUUUAGAAGUUCAAUCAUUCUCUUUCUCGAUUGACUUGGCAGCUCUUGCUUCACGGAGAGAAUACCUUAAUUUAGAAAAAUGGUUACAGGACAAGAUCAGUGAAUUUGGUGAUUCGUUUAUUCACGAUUGUUUGGAGUUCCUCAGUCAGAAAAUUUCCAUGGAAGCUGCACGUGAAAACAAUGGUAACCUUCAGUCAGUAAGGCUUACCGGUGACGUAUUUGCUAUUUUCCUCCGCAUUCUUUCAAACAGUUCAAUGUCUCAGGCGAAUUCUGAAUUAUUUAAAGAAAUCAAUAAAGCAUCUAUACAUGUCUAUCCACGCCUCCUGCCCUCAACUUCUGCUGAAGGAAACGUUCCAGAUCAAACUUUCACGCCUGAUGUAGAGGAAGAAGCAAAUUCAUAUUAUGAACGAGUAUACAGGCAAGAGAUCAGCAUCGAAGAUUUUAUUAAACUUUUACAGAGAUUCAAGCAUUCUGAAGAUCAUAGAGAAAACCAAAUAUUCUCUUGCAUGGUGCACAAUUUAUUCGACGAAUAUCAAUUCUUCCCGAAAUAUCCACAGAGAGAAUUGACGAUCACUAGUGUAAUAUUUGGGUCGCUUAUUCAAUAUCAACUCGUGAUUUACGAGGCGCUUGGUAUCGCUCUUCGUUACGUUUUAAAUGCGCUUAGGAGUCCUGCAGAUUCCAGAAUGUUUAACUUUGGGGUUCAAGCUUUAUCACAAUUUCAGUCUCGUCUGCCAGAAUGGCCACAAUAUUGUUCUCAAGUUUUACAAAUUACACAAUUGCAACAAUCCCACCCCGAAAUUGUACAAUACGUUAGGUCAACGCUUGCUAUUAAUUCUAAUAAGAAUAUCUCUACAACUGCUACAAUUCCUUCUGCUAUUCCAUCUACUACAACUGCUAGCAAUAUUAGUAAUAUUGAACAAUCUACAACCAAACCUACUAUUAAUAAUCCGGGUGCAGAUAUCAUCUCUAAUAAUAAGCCUGUAUCUGAACAGAAUAACAAAGUGAUUGAUAGGCCAGCUUUUACCGCUUUGAACCUUGAUACAUUGUUGGCCGCUGAUAAAGUAGAUUAUGAGGUUCCAAGUGAAGCGGUUCAAGACAAAAUUCUAUUCAUAAUUAACAACGUCGCUCAAAGUAAUUUGGAAACUAAAGUUUCUGAAAUGAAAGAUAUCCUUAAGGAAUCUCAUUAUCGUUGGUUUGCCAAUUAUUUAGUGGUAAAAAGAGCUAGUAUUGAACCAAAUUAUCAUCAACUUUACCUCCAAUUUCUUGAAUCACUAGAAAGUCAGUCUCUUUGUCGUCACGUUUUACAUGAAACCUUUGCAAAUAUUAAGGUUCUUUUGAAUUCAGAAAAAACAGUACAAUCAUCAUCUGAGCGUUCUUUAUUGAAAAAUCUUGGAUCGUGGCUUGGUGGGAUGACAAUAGCUAAAAAUAAACCUAUUAGACAUAAGAACAUCGCAUUCAAGGAACUUUUAGUUGAAGGAUACGAUAGUAAUAGGUUAAUAGUGGCUAUACCUUUCGUGUGUAAAGUGCUUGAACAGGCAGGCAAAAGCAAGGUGUUCAAACCUCCAAAUCCGUGGUUAAUGGCUAUUCUCAAGUUGUUAGUAGAAUUAUAUCAAUAUGCGGACUUAAAACUAAACCUUAAAUUUGAGAUUGAAGUUCUUUGUAAGAGUUUGGAAGUUGAACUUAAAGAUAUAGAGCCCACUACGAUCAUUAAGGAUCGUCCACCAAAGGAGAUGGUCACAAAUCAAACAGAGAAGAUUGCACAAGAAUUUGAAAAGUGGCCUACUAACAAAUUACAACAACAACCAGCUCCAAUUUUAUCCGCGCAAACAAUCACUAUUCCCAAUUCUUCACCAUUAAGUGAUGAACCUGUUACGAACUUGGGAUCAUACAUUACAAUAAACCCUAAUUUGCCAGUAUUUGCAAAUCAAGGGUUAAGAAAAUUUGUCCAUUUAGCCAUGGAUAGAGCCAUCCGUGAAAUCAUUACUCCCGUAGUUGAAAGGUCGGUAACCAUUGCUGGAAUUUCAACGAGGGAAUUAAUCAUUAAAGAUUUUGCGAUGGAGCCGAAUGAAGAGAGAAUGAGAAAUUCGGCUCAUCAAAUGGUACAAAAUUUGGCUGGUAGCUUAGCGUUAGUAACGUGUAAAGAACCAUUAAGGAUUAGUAUGGUAACCCAUUUGAAGAAUCUACUUUUGCAGAAUGGAUUUAGUGAGCAAAGCAUACCCGAACAGGCAAUUCUUAUAGUGGUGGCCGAAAAUCUUGAUUUAGCUUGUUCAUUUAUUGAGAAAGCAGCUAUGGAUAAGGCAGUACCUGAAAUUGACGAAUCAUUGGCCUCAUCAUUCAGUAAUCGCAAAAAACAUCGGGAGAGAACUGGUCAGCCAUAUUAUGAUAUGUCAGUUUAUUCCGGUAUCUCGCGUUACAUGGGUAACCUACCUGAACCAUUACGAUUGAAGCCUAAUGGAUUAUUGCCUCAACAACUGAGAGUAUAUGAAGACUUUGUCCGUAUUCCUCGUUUAAGUAAUCAAGCUGCAGAGAUCUAUUCAGAUCGUAGUGUAAGAUCUGGUAUGAUUAGAGGUCAACAACAAGACUUUGGCUUUAAUCAUCUUUAUAAUUCUGCUGCUGACAUGCAAUUUGAUGCCCCACAAGUACAAAUGCCAAUUACAGCUCAUCAAAGUUUGGAAAAAUUUGCCCAAUAUCUUUCAGAGUUAGAUAAAUUGAUAAGUAAAUCACCAAAUUCUUCUUGGACAUCUCUACCUUCCAAUCACGAUAUUCGUUUAUUAGUCAAAGAAAUUCCUUCGUUAGCAACACAAUCAUUUAAUCGGGAUGAAACUGCAUUGCAUUUUUCGCAGAAGGUUGUUCAACUCUUAUAUAAGAAUGAUUCAAUUCUUUCACGAGAGGUGUAUGUUAUGCUCCUUGAAAAACUCUGUGAAAUUUCCUACAAAGUCAACAAGGAAGUUACUGCCUGGCUGAUUUAUGCAGAUGAUGAGCGCAAAUUUAUCGUACCAGUGGUGGUUGCUUUGAUAAAAGCCGGUCUUAUUAACGUCAUUGAUCAAGAUACACAACUCGCAAAACUUAUCGAAAAUGGAAGACCAACCGUCAUUGAUUUUACCGCAAAAUUGAUCCGAGAAUGUGUUUUAAGAGAUCCUCCUUAUGCUAAACGUAGUGAUUUUGUAAAUUCGUUAGAUGCUCUUACUAGAUUAACACAACGUGGCAAAUCCCCUGAAGCUUUGAUCCAACUUUUAGAAGACUUAAGACCACGGUCAAACCGGGAGGUACCUGGUAAAGAUGUAGAGAAUGCGGGAUUGCGUGAUCAGUUGACAUUCUUCUUUGCUGAGUGGGUCCGGGUUUAUCAUCUUCCAACUUCAAAUGAAAAGACUUAUGCUACUUUCAUUAUGCAGUUACAGCAACAUGGCGUAUUGAAAGGCGAAGAAAUUUCUUCAAUGUUUUUCCGUGUUUGCACAGAAAUGAGCGUCGAUCAUUACUUGAAACAAAAGGCGACAGCUCAGGCAACACCCGCAAUUGCUUAUCAGGCUAUCGACGCUUUCUCCAAACUUAUUGUUUUAUUAGUAAAGUAUCAUUCGGAUCCAGAAGGCGUUAAUAAUAAUGUUGUCAAAAUCAAUUAUCUGACGAAAAUAUUGUCAAUUAUUGUGUUGGUGCUGGCACAAGCACAUGAACAACGUCGUCAUCAAUUUAACCAAAAACCAUUCUUCCGAUUAUUCUCGAGCUUGCUGAACGACCUUAAUUCGUAUGAACAGCAACUUCAGCCCAUUUACUUCCAGAUUCUCACAGCUUUAAGUAACAAUACUUUCCACACCUUACAACCCAUGUUCUUCCCUGGGUUCACUUUUGCAUGGCUUUCAUUAAUAUCUCAUCGUUUAUUUAUGCCCAAACUUUUACUUGCAGAGAACCAAAAGGGGUGGCCUGCUUUUCAUAAACUGCUCAUAUGUUUAUUCAAAUUUCUCGUUCCAUUCUUACGUAAUGUUGAGAUGAUCGAGACCACACGAUUACUGUACAAAGGAACCCUGCGAGUCCUACUCGUGUUGUUGCAUGAUUUCCCGGAAUUCCUUUGUGAUUAUCACUUUAGUUUUUGUGAUGUCAUUCCACCAUCUUGCAUUCAGCUUCGAAAUUUGAUCUUAAGCGCUUUUCCACGUAAUAUGAGAUUACCAGAUCCAUUCACACCAAACUUGAAAGUCGAUUUGUUACCAGAAAUAUCACAGUCGCCGCGUGUAUUAUCUGAUUAUGCUACUGCUUUGGUCGCCAACAAUCUUAAAAACGAUAUAGACAAUUAUUUAAAAACACGUUCACCAAUAACGUUCCCAUCUGAUUUGAAACAAAAACUUUUGUUUGAAUCCAGUGGUCAAUCGGAGAUGUUAUCUACCGGAUCCAAGUAUAAUGUCCCAGUAAUCAACGCUCUUGUCCUUUAUGUUGGUAUUCAAGCGAUUAGUCAACUUCACAACAAAUCGGCUCAGGGAAUUACACAUAGUGCACCUAUGGACAUUUUCCAACAAUUGCUUACUGAUCUGGAUUCGGAGGGUGGGUUAUAUUGA